AUGGGUAACCAAGUAGCAUCGAAAGUGUUUUACAAAAAUAAUGAUACGAAAAAAAAUGUUGCGGACGAGAUAAAGCAUUACGAAGACGAAAACAAGAAAAGGGAAAAUGGCCGGUUCCCGCCCGGCGGACUGUCAAAAGGGGAGAAGUGGCAACAGGGAGAUGAGCAAGCCAAGCAGAGGUUGCCACAGACAGCUGCGCAAAAUAGCUCGGUAGAACAUUUAAAAAAUAACGAAAUAGAAAAAAUAAAGCAAGAGAAUUUUUACAUGUUUGAUGAAAGCUUGAAUUCAAAUGACGUUAAACAUCCAUGCCACGCGCAGUGGUUUUUAUUUUGGGUAUUCGCAUCUUAUUUAAACGAAAAAUUCUCGGACACUGAGCGGGCAUAUGUUCAUUCGUUUUAUUCGAAUUUCCCUGAGCAGUGUAUAAAAGGAAAGGGGAAAAACUGUUUCCUUGAAUUUUCCAAAAUAUACCCCGUCAGUUACAAGAAGUUGUUAAAAAGGUGGAGGUACGAUGAUGAUUAUAUUUAG